UGGACUCCUCAGCUUUACCAGUGGUAUAUCCUGUGUGCAGCCAUGUGGUCACUGUUUUUCGUGAGCUUCGGGCUCUUGGUGGGCAUCGGCGCCCAACCCACGGACAAAGCAGCGAAGCAACAAAACCUCGACUGGUGGAAGACCAGCGUCAUCUACCAGAUCUACCCCCGCAGUUUCAAGGACAGCAACGGCGAUGGCAUCGGUGACCUCAACGGCAUAACUGAGAAACUGGAGCACAUCAAGGACGCCGGAGCCGACGCUUUGUGGCUGUCGCCCAUCUACUCCAGUCCCCAGAAAGACUUUGGCUACGACAUUUCAAACUUUACCGACAUCGCCGAGGAGUACGGGACUUUGGACCACUUCGACCAGUUGGUCGCCAAGGCCAAGAAGCUCGGGGUCAAGGUGCUCCUGGACUUUGUGCCCAACCACAGCUCGGACGAGCACGAGUGGUUCAAAAAGAGCGUCAAGCGCAUAAAACCUUACGACGAGUACUUCGUGUGGAGGGAUGGGAAAAUUGGGCCGAAAGGUGAGCGACUCCCACCCAACAAUUGGCUGUCCGUCUUUGGGAAAUCCGCUUGGGAGUGGAACGAGGAGCGCAAGCAGUACUUCUAUCACGCUUUCGUCGUUGGACAGCCCGACUUGAACUACCGGAAUCCCAAACUUAGGCAGGAGAUGGAGGACGUGCUCACGUUUUGGAUGAAGCGGGGAGUCGAUGGUUUCAGGGUUGAUGCCGUCAACCACAUGUUUGAGGUAGCCAAUCUUCGUGACGAGCCGAGAAGCGGGAAGGCAGUACCAGUGGAUGAUUACGACUUUUUGGACCACACCUACACCAGAGACCUCAACGAAACUUAUGGAGUCGUCGCAUCGUGGCAGAAGCUCCUCGACAACUUUGUGGCUCAACACAAGACGGACGGCAAACUCAUGAUCCUGGAGGCGUACACCAGUAUCCCCAAAUCCAUGCAGUUCUACAGCGUUGGCGCCAACCCCUUCAACUUCAUGUUCAUCGCUGAUUUGAACCAAAAUUCCAAAGCCAUCGACUUCAAGAGGAAGAUCGACGACUGGCUCAACGCAAUCCCAGAGGGAAAAGUGUCAAACUGGGUCGUGGGCAACCACGACAACCACAGAGUAGCCACGAGGUACGGCGAAAAGCGCGAGGACCAACUGACCCUCCUCAGUGCCAUUUUGCCCGGCAUCACCGUAGUCUACAACGGCGACGAGAUCGGUAUGGUGGACCGGCCAUUCACGUACGCGGAGACGGUCGAUCCUGCCGGCUGCAAUGCCGGCCCAGAUAGGUACCACCUAAAGUCCCGGGACCCCGAGAGGACACCCUACCAGUGGGACGCUACGACGAGCGCUGGGUUUUCGACGUCUACCAAGACUUGGUUGCCGGUCCACGACAACUACAAGACUCUAAACUUGGCGGCGCAGAAGAAGGACGCAGUGUCGCACUACAAGUUGUUCCAGGCGACGACGAAGCUCAAGAAGACGCCAGUCAUUCAGAAGGGCAGGACCGAAGUGCUACUGGCUGGAGAGAAUGUCCUGGCUGUGGUCAGGCGGUUGAGCGGACAAGGGACCGUCACGCUUUUGAUUAAUUUCAGCGACAAGCCCGUGAAGGUUGACGCGAAAGGUUGGCUCAACAUCCCGAUGAAGGCGCAGAUUUACGCGGCUAGCGUCAAGUCAGGACUGAAAGCCGGGGCUCAAGUCAAGGUGGACGACGUGACCCUUCCUGGAGCUGCCUCGGUCAUUUUGUACUCGCGAGCUUAAACAAACGUUUAUUCUCUCUCGUAGUCAAAACGAUUAAUGGCUAUUAGGCAAUUGAAUUUGUACGAUUCAAGUAAUAACUUGAUCGACUCGUAAUGUAAGAAAAGAUAUAGUUAAAUAAAAAUUUGUUAAUCGUA